AUGUUCAACCACACGUUGCUAAUCAAACUAUCUUCUUCCAGGUACCUCAUGUUGGCGGUGGUCUUUGGCAACUCGAACGAAAGCACCCACAUCAAUGAAACUACAACCGCCGUAACCGCUCUUUUCUUCAUUGGCCUCGCGCAUGCCUCGUCCGUCGGCAUUGCAUUCUUCCAACGGCACCAACGCGUCUUUCUUCUUCAUUCACUCUUUACGCCAUUCAUGAUAAUCAACUUGAUCGCCUUGUUCAACAUACUCCUUAAUAUAUACGCUCGCGAUCUAUUCCCUUUGUCCGCGCUCCGGGUCGUGUCCAUCGGUCUGCCGAGCGCGUUUACCUUGAUACACGGGGGUGCAGCGACUCUUAUUUACUAUGAAUAUGGGCUCCCGGGUGAUCGUCGGAUGGAAGCCGAUACACCCUUAUUGAGCGAGGAGGAAAUGCAACGUCGACAGCUUGCUCGACUAUUGGGAAAUCGUUCUGCGGCGGCGCCGUCGCCUGAUAUCAAUCAUAGCACAUAUCGACUCGAAAUUCCCACUUUGGAGCCUGUCCAGAAAGCUUGGGCACCCGAAUUAAGCCCCCCGCCAGAACCUCGAUUUUCCUCGAAUUCCAAGUCUCAGUGGACGAGGGUAAACCAGUCCAUUAUUUGA